GAAACUUGGACGGUAAUUUCGUAGAACAAAGGCUGCGAUUGACGAGGGCGAAUUCUUCUUUUGUUUUCCAGGGCUGAUAAUUGAAAUUUCCUUGUUCUUUCUGCCCCCUAUGUCAACAAAACAAUAGCUUGUUCCAAAAGCAGCCUGGGUUGUUUUGUUGUCCCUGGCGUCUAAUGCUUGCUUUGUGGGUCCAAAGGUAGUUAAUAAAGCUCGACAAAGGAGAUUCAACAUACCAUUCAUCUUUCUUCCUCCUCUGUUUUUCACCCACGCAGCGCGUGCUCUUCAAUAACCAACUACCAUCAUGCCCCGACCCCUCCCCUCCCACCGCUUCACCUACCUCUCCAACACCCUGCGCCACUCCAAGGCCCAGUACGAGUACAUCGCUGACUCCCAUCGCGCCUCUGUAUGCCUCACGAACAAUGCCCGGAAACGCGCCGCUCGCCUCCACCUGGCCGUCGAUAUCAUUAAAGCCCGCCAAUGCCAGCAGUCAUUCGUCUCCAAAAUCCCCCUGCCGCAUAUCGAUGAUUCCAUCUGUCUCGACAGCUCAGUCGUGCACGCUGCGUCAGAGGUGUUCUACCCACAGGUCCACGAGCGGCUCCCGCCCAUUGUCAUCCCUGCCCCGAAUGACAGGCGCCGCUCUUUGUCGCCCGAUUUGGAGCUCGUUUCGCGGUUCUCAGCGUGGUCGGACGCAGACGUACCACAUACGGCUUCUUCUGGCCCAUUCUGCAGCUCCUCAGCGUCGUCGGCGUCGCUCAUGACCCCAGAUCACGACCAUCCCCCCAUCAUCGUUCGCAUCAAGCGCAAGUCCAUGUUGGAUGAAGGCUCUGAUUAUGAAGCCUCAGAGAAGCGUCCGAGAUACCUUCGAAAGGACUGGUCCUCUCGUCGGAUCUGAAUUCUUCUUCCAAGACAACUCACCCUUGUUCUUUCACGAAGACUUUUGAUACAAUGCCUACUUAUUCCCUUUGGUAAUAUACCUACUUACUGUCUCUCGCUAUCGCUAUGCUAUACUUGUGGACUAUCUGCUAGCUACCUUUAUGUCGCAAAUCUUAACGAGUUUCCAUUC